UUCAACAUGAAUAUAAAGGUCCACCUUCAAACCUAACCAGCAUUUCAUCUCCCAUCUCCCAAAGGAUUCCAAAACUCCUCCCACACACCAUGGGUGAUCACAGCCAUCCAUCCAACCCUUCAAAUUCAGAUGACCCAAAAAGCCCACUUCUACUACCCAUCCAAAGCCCAAGCCCAAGUCUAAGCCCAAGCUCACAAACAUCCCUCCAUUGUAUACUCAAGUCCAUCUUCAAUAUCAACACCCUCUCCAUAGCCAUGGGCCCACUUGCAUGCCUGAUCAUAUGCCUAACCGUCCAUCUCGACGGCAACCGGACGGUGGCCGGCAACAUGCUGGCCAUUCUGACGUGGGUCUUCGUUUGGUGGAUCACCGAAGCGGUCCCGAUGCCGAUCACGUCGAUGACCCCUCUCUUUCUCUUCCCCAUGUUCGGCAUCGCCACCGCCGAUGCGGUGGCCAAGACUUACAUGGAUGACGUUAUAUCGCUCGUGCUCGGUACCUUCAUUCUCGCGCUCGCCGUUGAGCACUACAACAUGCAUAGGAGGCUGGCAUUGAAUAUCACGCUGAUCUUCUGCGGUGAGCCGUUGAAGCCUCGAAUCCUUCUCCUAGGGAUCUGUGCCACGACGACGUUCGUCAGCAUGUGGAUGCACAACACGGCGGCGGCGAUGCUGAUGGUCCCGGUGGCGACGGGGAUCCUUCAACGGUUCCCGACGUCCACCGGGGAGCAAUCAGACGUCACUCGGUUCUGCAAGGCGGUGGUCCUCGGCGUGAUCUAUUCGGCGGCCAUCGGAGGGAUGAUGACGCUGACCGGGACAGGUGUCAACCUCAUAUUGGUGGGGAUGUGGCAGAGCUACUUCCCACAGGAAGAUCCAAUAAGCUUCAGUACUUGGUUUUUCUUUGGAUUUCCAUUAGCUUUGGUGAUUUUCUUUGCUUUGUGGGGGAUUCUUUGCUUCUUCUAUUGUUCCAAAACUUCAGGACAAGCACUUGCUCCUUAUUUGGAUAGGGCCCACUUGAAAAGAGAGCUUGAAAUGCUAGGUCCCAUGGCAUUUGCUGAAAAGAUGGUGUUGGCUGUGUUUACGACGCUUGUAGUUUUGUGGAUGACAAGAAGCAUAACGGAUGAUAUUCCUGGAUGGGGGACCCUCUUUGAUGGACGUGUGGGAGAUGGAACCGUUAGUGUGUUGAUGGCCACAUUGCUAUUCAUAAUCCCCAACAAGAAGAAAGAAGGAGAGAAGCUGAUGGAUUGGAACAAAUGCAAGAAGCUGCCAUGGAACAUUGUACUGUUACUAGGGGCCGGAUUCGCCAUCGCCGAUGGAGUCCGAACAAGCGGACUCGCCGACAUUCUGUCCACGGGCCUCGAUUUCCUGGAGGGCGUGCCAUACCUUGUGAUCGCACCCGCAGUCUGCCUCAUCAGCAGCUGCAUCACUGAGUUCACCUCCAACAAUUCCACCACCACCCUUGUAGUUCCACUCCUCAUCCAAUUAGCACGCCCCAUGCACGUGCAUCCUCUCUUCCUCAUGGUUCCUGGGGCCAUUGGGGCCCAGUUCUCAUUCUUACUCCCCACCAGCACCCCUUCCAACGUCGUUGGAUUUGCGACCGGACACAUCGAAAUCAAAGAUAUGAUCAAGACUGGGUUCCCGCUUAAGAUCGCCGGGAUCAUCACGCUCUCCGUUUUGAUGCCUACAUUAGGAGCUGCGGUCUUCGGAACAAAUCGACAGAUAUGACACCUGUCAAAUACCCGUUUGAUGGGAUUUACCAUUCUUAAAUGUUCUUUUGUCAAAAAUAUAUAUUUAUAUUUAUUAAAAAGAAAAAAGAAAAAGAAAUCCAUUGAUUCUCAGCA